GAAGAUGUUUCUGCCACAACACCUUACACACCAACUAAACUCGUACAAAAUCAACUCUUGAAGCAUAGCGCCACAGCACACUUCGUUGCAUUCGCUUCCCCGGACCCAAGUCAUAACGUCAUUGGACAGUCGCCCACCUUCCUGCAGCGCAGCCUACGUCUCAACUGCACCCCAGAGUUUUCGUUCAAGCCAUGCCAGGCCGUUUGCUCCAGUCCCUCGCUAGGGUAGCGCCAUCGCCGUUGCCCAAGCUCGACAACCACAAAACCACCACUCCCCAGCCGCUGUUCCCUCCUGUUUACUCAUACGCACCACCAGUCGAAGAGAGGAACAGGUCACAGGAAAACCUCAUCAUGGCUCGUCUUCCAUUCGUGCGUCAUCACAGCCAUGAUGGCACCAAGAAGGGUUCGCCAAAGGGUACUCCCAAAGGCACCCCAAAGACCAGUCCCAAGCUCGAACCUCAUGUGGCUGCAUCCAUGAACAUGAAUGUGGAGUCGCCACCAGUCGUGUUCUACAACAGCCCACAGACGUCAGCGGGCGCUAUUUUUACUGGCCAGCUCCUGCUCAACGUGCAUGAGCCCCACAUCACAGUCGACAAGUUUGAAAUGAAGCUCCUCGCAAUCGUCACAACCAAGAAGCCAGUCGCCCAACAUUGCAACGACUGCUCCAACCAGACCACCGAGAUUCACAGCUGGGAUUUCCUAACACACCCCACUUCUCUUCGCCAUGGACCCCACAGUUACCCCUUCAGUCACUUGCUCCCAGGUCACCUACCAGCCACAACCCACGGCAGCCUUGCGACCCUCAAUUACUACCUUUCAGCGGUAGCGACCACCUCCAAGGGUGACAAGAUCACUUACAAGCGUACUGUCGAUAUCAGGCGUGCAAUCUUCCCCGGCAAUGAGAAGCACUCCAUUCGCAUCUUCCCACCGACGAACCUGACUGCUUCGGUCAAGCUCCCUCCGGUCAUCCACCCGAUUGGUGACUUCCCUAUCGAGAUGCGCUUAUCAGGAAUUGUCCAGAACAAGGCCGAUUCACAGACUCGCUGGAGGCUCAGGAAGCUUAAUUGGCGCAUUGAGGAGACCCAGAAGUUCAUUGCUCCAGCCUGCUCCAAGCACAUAUCCAAGGUUGGCGGCGAGGGCAAGGGCGUUCUCCACGAGGAUGUUCGCGCCAUUGCGACUGAGGAAGUCAAGACUGGCUGGAAGACCGACUUCGAGCGCGGUGAGAUUGACGUCGAGUUCAACGCCGCUUGCAACGUUGCCCUUAAGCCACUCUGCGACAUGGACAGCCAGAGCGGCAUGAGUGUUAAGCACAACCUUAUCAUCGAAAUGGUCGUUGCUGAGGAGUGGGCUCCGCUCAAGAAGCUUAGCCAGGCCACUCCUACCGGUGCUGCACGCGUCCUCCGCACCCAGUUCCACCUUGUUCUCACCGAACGUUCGGGUAUGGGCAUUGCUUGGGAUGAGGAGCAGCCCCCUGUCUACGAAGAUGUCCCCGCCAGCCCACCCACAUACAUGGACGACGUCGAAAUUCAGUUCCCCACCGCUGACAGCACCACCACGUCUCGCUCAGCAUCCUUCAGCCUUGAGAGCUAAGCACGAUACCCCGCAUCACUACGACUUUAAUACCGUCGGUUUCGGCGAUUUUAACCCGCUUUACGAAUUUCCUUCUCACGUCGAUUGGCGAUUCAACUUUGAGUUUCUGGUGGACUGUGUAGGAUAUACCCAUUUGCUUGCCUUAUGAGGGCUUUUUCACCACUCUUGUUUACGCACAAAGCGCGGCGUUUUGGCAAGUGGUUGAGUUGAGCCUACAUGAGCUCCUCUGUAUGGUAUACCACUGGCGUUUUGCAUUAUCAAAAAGUUC